AUGGGAAGAGGCCAGGAGUUAUUAGAUGCGGCGCGUGAAGGCGACAGGCGGACUGUUGAGAAAAUACUUGGUCAAAUAACUAAAAGGAGUGGUCCAUUUACAAGUUUACGGAGGGGCGCCGGUGUCAACGUUCAAGAUGACAAUGGAUAUACCCCACUUCAUCACGCAUGCUUACGUGGGCAUAAAGAGAUAGUCCGCCUGCUGCUAUCUGUGGACGCCCUGCCAUGUGUCGUGGACAAAAAGGGCGCAACGCCGCUUCACCUGGCGGCGUGGAAGGGAGACUCUGACAUCGUCUCCAUGCUCCUGGCACAUAACAACCCUUCAGUCAACAUUGAUCAAUGGACGUCAGAUCAGGAGACAGCGUUGCUCAUAGCCGCCCAAUUCGGUUACGUGGACGUAGUUGCGCAACUGCUCGCAAGAGGAGCUGAUGCAGAACUGAGGAACAUGAAGGACGAAAGCGCAUUGGACCUCGCAGCGCAAUACGGGCGGUUAGAGACAGUUCAGCAUAUGCUUCGAGUGAGGCCAUUACUUGUUCAACCCUACAAGUACCCAAACUGCAGGGAUAAGAUAUUUUCUUCUUCCACGCCUUUGCAUCGUGCCAGUAAGAAUGGACAUAAGGACGUAGUAUCAGCACUCCUAGCCGCCGGGUUCGAUCCCAAUGUCCGAUCUUACUCAGGCACGCCGUUACACGAGGCAGCUUGCUUCGGCAAAGCUUCGGUGGUCCGCAUUUUGUUGGCAAAGGGGGCCGACCUUCAUGCCGUUGACAGCAGGGGGAGGACGGUGGAGGCUCUUUUGGGCGAGUACUCCGGGGAGGCUAUUAAAAGAGUCAGAAGGGUAAUACGAGAGUAUGAGAGUAUGGUAGGAAACUACCACGAAAGUGAAGAAGAACUUCCACCUUUCCCGGUGCAAGGAUAUAGUCCCACUGGCUUCCCCAAUUCCGUCGUCAUGAAAGCUCCAGAGACCCAGAAAAAUACUAACAAAAGUGAAAGCUUAUUUCCAUCUUCAUCUUCUCUAACAAAAAAUGCUCCUCAAAGUUUUGUAAAAAAGCUCGCUUCGAAAUGCUUGGGCCUAAAAGCGAAGUUCAAUUCCGCUCCUAAUAUUUCUAACAGUUCGGGAUUAGAGUCGGAAAGUGAUGUUAAAUUAAAACAUUCGGACAGUAAAAAUGCUGUCAACACUUUGCUUAUUGGUAAUAGUAAAUUUUUUAAGAUACUGUCGAAGAAAGAGGAGUCUGGAGAAAUAGUUUGUAAUGACGAAUUCGAUACAAUUUCAUUAGAUAGGCUAGGGACAUUAAAUAGAGAUUCUUCGGUGAACAGAAGCAACCGAAGUUGUCCUGGGUUUAAAACAUCUUUGCCAAACAUAUCUGAAAACAACGAACUUAGUGAUUCUCACGAAUCUAUAGUUGAGUCUACUGAUGACACACUUACCGCUUGUGACAAAAGCGAUUGUAACAUGUCACAACUGACCGAAGCUGUUAAUUAUGAUGCAAAGCUGAAUAUAUUUGAACCUAGAGAAAAAGCUAAUCGAAAAUCAUUAAUUUCUACAGCUUCAUUAGAAUCAGCUACGUUGAUUAAUGAAUGUUACGAGUCUUAUCAUUUUGUGUCAAACAAUUCCGAUAUAUAUAUUGAACCACACAAAUCUUUAGAAGAGAUUGUAGAAAUACCUAAACCAAUUCCUCGGUCGACUACCGUGACAAAUCCAACUGAUAAUAGUGUUACAGUCUAUGAGAAUGUUAUUUUAGAAAAUAAAUUGUCCCGUCCAACUCCCGCCGUUCGAACUCAUAUUCCUCCAAAAAUGGCUCAUGAUGAUUCACUGCAAAAACCUGUGUAUGAAAACAUAUCCUUAACAAGAGAAAGAAAACUGCCCGAGAUGCCAAAUAGAAACAUAAUACUUGCAGAAAAUAGAUCAAAUAAUUCAUCUACAAAUAUAAGUAGAUCUUCAACGUUGUCUACUGAUUCCAUGGUCGAUGAAUCUAAUUUAGAAGACAUAUUCUUGUCAACAAAGUCCAAGUCCUUUCGUCACACAAAAAUGCCGGUCGAGUACAGUACUAAUAAAUCAACCAUCCAUAGGACUUUGUCAGAUGCUUCAGAUGUAUCUGAUCAAACAGAAGCCAGCGCAUUAGAAAAUGUUGACUGUAGUGAGGACGUUGACGAAAAAAAUAUUUAUUUGUCAAUGACUGGUACAUUACCCAAUAAGAAAAAUGAACGAAUUGGAGACAAAAAAGUACUCUUUAGACAUAAAACUUUUACUAACAUUGAAAUGGAUAGAAAUUCAAUAAACAUCAGAGAUUUGCCCAAAUGGAAUAGCUCGUUCCUUAAAGAAACGCUUGCACAUUACCACAUUAGAGGUACAGGGCAUUGUGUAUAUAAAGCCCCAACAGUUAAAGAAUUUAUUUAUAUUUUUAAUAGAGAUACUCUUUAUAAAGACGUUGAACCAUUUACGAAGGUACCUAAUGAUAAGAGAUACAGUUACUAUGAAACCGCAAUAUGUUUCUGUAAGCCUAAACCCCCAAAACAUCACGCUAGUGCCGAAGAUUUAUUGGAAAUCAAUCAGGUUGAAAAAGAGAAAGUAACAAUAGAUAUGGAUGCUUUUAAAAACAAAAUAGAAUUGGGAUCUUCCUCAUUUCGUUGCUUUUGCGACAGUAAAACUUGCAUUUUGCACGACGAUCGACGCCAAAACAAAGCUGAUAUCGUUAUAAAGUUUUCCGUUAUAAAAAGAAGUAUUUCUACCCCAGAUAUCACGCUUGAGGCUUCUCCUUCUUCGACAGUACAAAAAACACGUUUGUCCAAAAUUAAAUCAGUUCCGUCCAAUUUAGAAGAACCCUACGCCGUAGUUAACAUUGAACAUAUCGCCGCGAAGGAUAGCAAUAAUUUAAACAAUGAAAGUAAAACAUUGGAUAGUCCUACUUACGUUACUAUGUCUCCUCACUCAUCGAUGUCGUCAUCUUAUGACCGUUAUUCUGUAAAAGAUAUUGCCGAGGUUAUUUCAUUAGGUAGUCGCACAACAUCAGCCGACACUAACCCAUCGUGUGCUUCUGAUACUAUGCAUUUGAUGCUGCGUCAAUCGAGCUCAUCGGAACACUCUGGUCACUGGUCAUUGCAAUCGUGCAAUUCUAAUGUCACUAUAAAAUCGGACGCAUCUUUCAAAACAUGCCUCGAAGAGUCUUCUGAGGAAGACUCAGAUAGCAAUUCGCUUUCGGACGAAGAAACCUCAGACGCUGAAACUGUUAAAUCUGACAUAAGCACGACGAAGCGACCGUGGGUCCAUAGUGACUCUUUCAGAUUUGGAAGUAGAGAUUCUAAGUUUGAAAUCGAGAUGAUUUCGGAGGAUAGCGAGGGUAAUUUGAAGGAGUCGAAAUGCGAGAGUGGUAUCAGUGUAGAAAGUUCUGAGAGUUCAUCGUCCGGUUGCGAGGAUGACAGUGGUGUUCCGAGGGUCGAUACGGAUGUGUCGCUUGACUGUGCUUCGCUUGAGCGGGAAAGGGGGGUGGUCGCGGAUGUUUGCAGCGGGUCGGGGCGACGACGGUGGGACGAGACAGAAGGAACUAGCGAAGGGGACGCACUCAGCGUCUCUAGCGCUGCUUCCAGCUGUGCGCCCUUGCACCUGGCACAUCAACACGAGUACAGCAAGGUUUCGCCAACUCCCCCCAAGAAACCUCCCAGACGGAACCUGUCAGUGUCACCCACCCACGCCAAUUCUCCCUCCUCCGGAUACAGUUACGAGCUGAGGGCACACGCGAGAAGUCAGGACGAUUUGGAUGAUAUACAGGGUGCUAAACACUACCUCAAACACGGUCGCUCAGUAGACCAGUACGUGGACGGUAAACUUUCCUACCCCGAAUAUGAGGACAAUCACAACUCGCCCAGAGUCGUUCCCGUCCCUAAUCCCCGGCCUAGCCUGAAACACCGUUCGCAGCCCGUCGCCAUCACGGCUAUGUACGAGAAUGUCGUUAUAAAAGAGCAAAACCCCAGACGUAAGCUUAAAAGAAACAACUUUGUACCGCCUUAUGAAAAUCACGAAGUCAGAAUGAACGAUAGCAGAAUACGAAGGUAUUCGAACCAAGAAAAGUCUUCCCUUGAGAGCCUAUUAGACGACCAAUCGAUGAAUAGCCCGGGUGAAUGUGAACGGUAUUACGACAGGCACAAAGCUGACAUUCCCUUAUCACCAACACAUUACGAUCAACCACCCACUCCUGACCAUCCGCCGCCAUCAGCAAAGCAAGCCGAGAACAGCAUUCACGAAAGGAUCAGGCCGCUCAGUCAGGAGUACAAGAGGAGAUCAAUGUUACGGGACAGUCAGACAGAAACUGAGAUGUGUUUACUCCGCGCGGCUUCAGCUGCGUCAGUCGCCAGUGGUGCCACGGAUCGAAGCGGUAAUACUGAUAACUGCGUGGAGGAGUACGUGUGCGAUGUUCCUUUUGCCGGCCUCUUCAAAGGCUCAACCACAACACUCGACGGUAUCGGUUUGCGGCCGAUGCCAGCCGAAAGGCCGAAGACGUUGCGGAAACUGAAGUCAGUGUACGACGCGUCACCGACAGAUCCACCGACGAUCACCAACACGAAUUUGAACAGCAAUGGACAGGUGGAGAGGAAUAUCAACGGUGUCGAGGACGAAGUUAGAAGACGAAGUAACACUACGAGCUCGACACACAGUGGAGACAAAUCGCUGUCGAUACUCAGCCCGUUCGAUGAGCAGGAGGAAUGGGCGAAGAUCUCCGAGAUAAUGGCAUCGUUCGGCAGCAAACUCGUUCGCGAGUCCGUCUUCGUUUCCGAACUGGAACAGGAAUUUACCACGAGACUGGGCUUGAGCUGUUCCGAAUCCAGUUUGAGUCCGUCGGUUACUUCGAACUUGGGCUUUUGGUUGUCAAAUCUUGGCCUUCAUGAUUACGAGCCACUCUUCAUGGAGAGUGGUUACGAUGAUAUCGAUUUUGUUAACGGCAUUCUUGAUGAAAACGACCUACGCGAAAUGGGAAUCGAAGAAAACGACAGACGAAAAAUACUAGAGUCGGCGAAACAAUUACCUCUUAAAAUAGCAGAAAUAAGCAAUAAUUAUAAUAAUAAUAAUAUAAGUAAAAACCAAAUUGAAACUGUAGACGAAUGGUUAAGGAAUAUUAAUUUAGAACAAUAUAGUGAUACGUUCAGGAAACAUUUAUAUGUAGAUAUGGACAGAGUAAGGAGAAUUUGGGAAGUAGAAUUAACAGCUGUACUUGAAAUACAGAAGCCUGGACAUAGAAAAAGGAUUCUGUGCUCAGUGUCUGGGGAACAGAAUGGUCCAAUUAAUAACAUCGAGGAUAUUAAUGCUGAUCUCAAUACUUUGAAAAACAACAUACGACAAUUAAAGGAUGAGAUUAAAGAGAAGUUACCGCCUUCUGAAAACUUGAAACCCGUACCGCCUCCAGUAGUUCCUAACUUAGCGCCCCCUGGUGGCGAGACCCUUAAAAGAAGUAAGAAAAACAGACCAGCUCCACAACCGCCUAAACCUUCAGAUUUGGAGAUCAGGGCGCCGUCAGAAUUGUUAGUGGGGGUCCCGGGGGCUUUGAAGACGCAGUGGAAACAUCAGCCGUUUGUUUUGGUGACUGGUGCAGUGACGUACGUAGCUAAUUACCUAGGAUCGACGGUAGUGAAAGAGCUUCGGGGAACUGAAUCAACGAAGAAGUCAAUACAGAAACUAAAAAAGACGACCAAGGAGCCUCGAGAUUCGCCGGACAUCAUUCUUUCCAUCAGCUACAGGGGUGUGAAGUUCCUUAACACCAUUACCCGAGAGCUGAUAUGCGAGCAUGAAAUACGCAACAUUCACUGCGCGUGUCAGGACGCUGACGAUCUCACUCACUUUGCUUACAUCACUAAAGAUCACUCCACAAGAAGUCACUACUGCCACGUGUUUCGAGUUGCCACAAUGGAUCAAGCUACUGAAGUUAUCUUAACACUAGGCGAAGCGUUCGAAGUGGCCUACCAAAUGGCCCUCAGGGAACAAUCCAAUCGCGCGAGAGUGACUCAAUCGCUGGCUAAAACCCCAACUCAUGACCCCAUGACAACAAGUAAUAAGGAGAAGCCGAAUAUAAAUCACGGCAGGUCACAUUCCAUAACAGAGAUCAAACUAAAUGGUCACCAAUUGAAAAUCGCCCCCAUUCCCGCUUCAUUAUCGAAUGAAGAUUUCCAGUCGUCGUCCCGGAACUCCGAUGGAUCUAGAAGCCCACGGACACCUCUUUUGAAAGCACCUAUAGCUUCCACAGAAGAAUUGUGA